AUGCCUCAAAACGAAUAUAUUGAGCAGCACAUCAAGCAGCAUGGGAGAAGAUUAGAUCAUGAAGAGAGAAAGAGAAAGAAGGCAGCCAGAGAAGGACACAGAAUAGCUAAGGAUGCCCAAGAAUUGAAGGGAUGGAGAGGUAAGCAAUUUGCUAAGAAACGUUAUAGUGAAAAGGUUGCUAUGAAGAAGAAGAUCAAGACACAUCAAGAAUCCAAGGUCAAGGGUCCAGCCACACCUAAGGAAGAUGAUGGUGAAGCAUUGCCUACCUAUUUGUUAGAUCGUCAAACUAAUAAUUCAGCCAAAGCAAUUAGUUCUUCGAUCAAGCAGAAGAGAUUAGAAAAGGCCGAUAAGUUCGCUGUGCCAUUGCCAAGAGUUAAAGGUAUUUCUGAAGAGGAAAUGUUUAAGGUUAUUAAGACUGGUAAGCAAAAGUCCAAGUCGUGGAAAAGAAUGAUCACCAAGCAUACAUUUGUUGGUGAGGGAUUUACCCGUAGACCUGUGAAGAUGGAAAGAAUUAUUAGACCAUCUGCUUUAAGACAAAAGAAGGCUAAUGUGACACAUCCAGAAUUAGCGGUCACUGUGUUUUUACCAAUCUUGGGUGUCAAGAAGAAUCCGCAAUCGCCUAUGUAUACACAAUUAGGAGUCUUAACUAAAGGUACUAUUAUUGAAGUUAAUGUUUCCGAAUUAGGUUUGGUUACUGCUGGUGGUAAAGUUGUUUGGGGUAAAUACGCACAAAUUACGAAUGAACCUGAUAGAGAUGGUUGUGUCAACGCUGUUUUAUUAGUUUGA